ACUCUUUACUCAAACCAAAACUCAUCACUACAGAACAUACACAAAUGGCGAACAAGCUCUUCCUCGUCUCGGCAACUCUCGCCUUGUUCUUCCUUCUCACCAAUGCCUCCGUCUACAGGACGGUUGUGGAAGUCGACGAAGAUGAUGCCACAAAUCCAGCCGGCCCAUUUAGGAUUCCAAAAUGUAGGAAGGAGUUUCAGCAAGCACAACACCUGAAAGCUUGCCAACAAUGGCUCCACAAGCAGGCAAUGCAGUCCGGUAGUGGUCCAAGCUGGACCCUCGAUGGUGAGUUUGAUUUUGAAGAUGACAUGGAGAACCAACAACAGGGCCCACAGCAGAGACCACCGCUACUCCAGCAGUGCUGCAACGAGCUCCACCAGGAAGAGCCACUUUGCGUUUGCCCAACCUUGAAAGGAGCAUCCAAAGCCGUUAAACAACAGGUUCGACAACAACAGGGACAACAAAUGCAGGGACAGCAGAUGCAGCAAGUAAUUAGCCGUAUCUACCAGACUGCUACGCACUUACCUAGAGUUUGCAACAUCAGGCAAGUUAGCAUUUGUCCCUUCCAGAAGACCAUGCCUGGGCCCGGCUUCUACUAGAUUCCAAACGAAAUAUCCUCGAGAGUGUGUAUACCACGGUGAUAUGAGUGUGGUUGUUGAUGUAUGUUAACACUACAUAGUCAUGGUGUGUGUUCCAUAAAUAAUGUACUAAUGUAAUAAGAACUACUCCGUAGACGGUAAUAAAAGAGAAGUUUUUUUUUUUACU